AUGCCAGUUGACCGUUCCAAGCCAGUCACGCUACGCAGAUCCUGCAGAGCGUGCAUCAAGGGCAAGAGACGAUGCGACCAAAGCUGGCCCACAUGUGCCAGGUGUCUGAGCAAAGAAAUCGACUGUGAAUAUGUGAACGUACCAUUGACGGCAAAGCUGAACUUGAAAGAAGAUUCUGGUAGUCAUGCUAACUCCGAGUCUUCUGGGGUCAAGGCGACACUCGCUCCUCGAAUCUCUGCACACUUACGACUCGAGAUCGCGAAGGAAUAUGACCCCAAUAUCAUUCGAUUCCUUGUGGCCGGGUUGCGCGAUCUACCGGCCGAGUUCGCAGAAACUCAAAAGACACUCUUUAUCCAUCCUCAUUUGUACCGCAACGGCUUACCAACCUCUGUCCGUGAGGUCCACAAUAUUUGCAGACUGAACAUGCAAAUCAGCCAAACAGGCCGUGCCAGCGUCACUUUGUUAUCAAUGCUUCGGCAGCAAUCAACACAGAUUCGCCGUCGACUGAAUCACGCGGCCACAUUCGAAGAAUUAUUGGGAUGCAGCCAAGCGCUGGUCUUGAUUCAAUGUAUCCUCAUCCUUAAUGAGGACGCAGCUCCAAGCCCAUAUUCAGAAGCAGUCAGCGCGAUGCUGGCGGGUAUCGCUGGAAGAUUGUUCCAACAAGCACCCAUUCAACUUCCGCAGGCCCUCAGCCCCCGGCACGCAUGGCUUUUGGCUGAAAGCGUCCGGCGAACGAUCAUUGUGUGUUUCAUGCUACGCAGUGCUUACUCUUUGAACACGAGGAACUAUUCGGUUCGAACACCGUUCGUUGAUUCCUUGCCGUUUGAUCUGCGCACUAAUCUGUGGGACAAUGAUUCGGAUGUUUCAUGGCAGAAUGCUCUGUCUAAUUCCAAUGGUUCGAUGGUCUCAUUGCACGAAUGGUCUGAUGGCCUAGCUGCCGGUCGUGUCCGUGAUGUGUCUGGAUUUAGUGCGUUGAUACUCGCGGCCUGCAAAGGACAAGCGGUUUCUACAAUCCCAUUCCCGCCCGUGGAAACUUAUAUGGCGACGUGA